UUGUUCCCUCUAUAUCUGACGGUUUUCUCGUUAAGGCUCAAAAAGAUGGCGCGCAGACCUGCCCGAUGCUAUCGUUACUGCAAAAACAAGCCUUACCCUAAGUCACGCUUUAACCGUGGUGUCCCGGAUGGUAAGAUUCGUAUCUUUGAUCUGGGACGGAAGAAAGCUUCUGUGGACGACUUCCCAUGCGCCGUGCACUUGGUGUCCAACGAAUACGAACAGCUGAGCUCAGAAGCUUUAGAAGCUGCGCGUAUAUGUGCCAAUAAAUAUCUUGUCAAAGUUGCAGGCAAAGAGACUUUCCACAUGCGCGUCCGAGUGCACCCUCACCAUGUAAUCCGAAUCAAUAAGAUGCUGAGUGUCGCCGGUGCAGACCGUCUCCAAACCGGGAUGCGAGGCGCAUUCGGUAAGCCAGCUGGCAAAGUGGCUCGUGUAAAGGUGGGCCAGAUUCUGCUUUCCGUCCGAACUGUCGAUCGCCAUCGAGCAACUGCAGUGGAGGCGCUACGCCGCUCGAUGUAUAAGUUCCCCGGUCGGCAAAAAGUUGUUGUUAGCAAACUAUGGGGCUUUACUCCUUUACCACGAGCUGAAUAUUUAAGCUUGAAAGAUGAAGGCUUGUUGCGGAAUGAUGGCUCAUACGUCCAAUUCUGUCGGCGAAAAGGAGAGGUGGCAGAGAAUUUGAAGAGGUUCCCACACGCAUAUAGUUCCCCUACAGAGAUUUCUAUAUGA